GCACUUUAGCGAAUUUUUAUAGUUUUUUUUUUUUUUUUUUUUUCUUUUCUCUUCCUCAACGGAAGGGAAGGAGACCAAACAGAAUUCCAGGCAGAGAGAGAGAGAGAGAGAGAGAGAGAGAGAGAGGGUAGUCAUGGGCUGUUUCAGGAAAUCAAAGAAGAAGGCGGGGCAGCAGCAAAACAAGAAGUCUGAUGAUCAGAUCCCAUCAACACUAGGUUUUGUUUAUCAGUUUAUAUAUAAACAAAAGCUAAAUCUAUCUCUGGAUGAAAAGAAGGAAGCUCCAGGAAAUGGAGAUGCUGGUCAUAUUGCAGCCCAUACAUUCACAUUUCGUGAAUUAGCUGCUGCAACCAAGAAUUUUAGGGUAGACUGUCUGUUAGGUGAAGGGGGCUUCGGCAGAGUAUACAAAGGCCAAUUACAGAGUACGAGUCAGAUUGUGGCUAUCAAGCAACUGGAUCGAGAUGGAUUACAAGGAAACAGGGAAUUUCUUGUCGAGGUAUUGAUGCUAAGCCUGCUUCACCACCCAAAUUUAGUCAACUUGAUCGGAUAUUGUGCUGAUGGAGACCAAAGACUUUUGGUUUAUGAAUACAUGCCAUUGGGGUCACUGGAGGACCAUCUGCAUGAUCUUUCGCCUGACAAAAAGAUACUCGAAUGGAAUACAAGAAUGAGAAUAGCUGCUGGUGCUGCAAAGGGCUUGGAGUAUCUGCACGAUAAAGCGAAUCCUCCUGUAAUAUAUCGAGAUUUGAAAUGUUCGAAUAUUUUACUUGAUGAAGAAUACAACCCCAAGUUAUCUGAUUUUGGGCUGGCCAAAUUGGGCCCUAUUGGCGAUAACACCCAUGUUUCGACCCGAGUAAUGGGAACUUACGGUUAUUGCGCUCCAGAAUAUGCAAUGACUGGGCAGCUUACACUGAAGUCCGAUGUUUACAGUUUCGGGGUCGUUCUUCUAGAGAUUAUUACUGGCAGAAAGGCAAUUGACCCUUUAAGAGUUGCGGAAGAACAGAAUCUGGUUGCAUGGGCUCGGCCAUUGUUCAAAGACCGAAGGAAGUUCUCCCAUAUGGCUGAUCCUACGCUUCAAGGUCAGUACCCUAUGAGGGGCAUGUAUCAAGCGCUCGCUGUUGCUGCGAUGUGUGUCCACGAGCAACCCAACAUGCGACCUCUUAUAGCCGAUGUAGUUACAGCGCUAAAUUAUCUUGCUUCCCAGAAGUAUGGCUCCGAUACCCACCCGGUCCAAAAGCCUUGGUUCGGCUCUUCCACCACAAGAUAGAGGAGGGAGCAACGAUGAUAGCGACAUUUGAGGUACACAAACUUAGUUUGAGCAUUAUUGUAGUACUUUCAGAGGUACUGCUUGAGGAUUAUGUAUGAGCGUAGGUGGAAGGAACUCUAGUUGUCCUGCUGGUGGUCUUGAGGAUGACUUCUCUAUAAUUUUCUGUGCAUAGAUUAUUAUGCUGUGCUUAAAUUUUCGACUUUUAAAUUCUUUUUGUUCUCUUAAGAAAGAAAAGUGAAAAGAAAAGAAAAGAAAGAAAGAAAAAAGUUGGUUUAGCUUUCCUCCCUUUUAUUAAGAUUAAGGAUUCUUGUUUCAUUCAUACCUUUGCUAUGAAUUAUGUAAAUUUCUUACUUUUUU